GCGCUUUAAAAGUGAGAGGUCGCCCAGUCUCUCGGAACCAAAAAUGAGGGAAAACGCCGCAAAAUCACGACGCAAGAAAGGGCCGUUGCGCAAAUGCGUGACGGACGAGGCAACAGCACGUCAAACAGGUUUUCGCUUCUCGUUUCCUGAUCAACCACGUUAAAGCUUCAACUUUACACGAGAAAAACAGAUAGUAGAAUAUGCUACUUCAGUUUUCUCGUAAGGAAUGAACUGACGAAGCAGAAAUCAGCAUGAGACUCGUCUAAAAUUCUCGCGGCUUUGAAAGCCCCGCGCUGUGCAACACGUCGAGCAUACCACGGGCCAAGCGUAGAAUUCACAGCAAGAUUUUGUGCGUUACCCCAUGUGCCGAAACGCCACUACACGAAUAAGGGAUCUCUUAUGUGUAGACUGACGGUCGAUUGUUUCUGCAAAAGGUGAGAGGACGCAUGAAUGAAAGCUACUGCUGCUGAACGCGUAGAGGAAGCGACCUCGAGACCUGCUUCCGUGAGUUCAGGGCGCCAUCGGUACACACACACACACACAAUCAAGAGGUAGUUGCAGGCGGAUAACUUAGACCCGGUGAUCCUGGCCCUUCCCAAUGUCCAUCAAACGCCUAUUCAUCAAACACAACUGCCAUAGUGCACUGCGUUUACAUGUGCGUGAAGCACAAAAACUCAUGAACUUGCGGACGGACAACUAUUACAACGCGAAAUCGCAAAGCUUGCUAUUAACUCAUUAACCGUCGUGAACUCCCGACAUCAGUAUCUUUGCUGUCUCGGAAGAAUGUCGGGUGCGAAUUCAGCUGAUGACGCAGGCGUGCAUCCCUGUUGUCUUUCUUCAAUAUGAGGACUACUCACUCGCGCAAGUAGCCCGAGAACAACAUGCGCCGCUUUGUGCUGGCGUCUAGUUGAUAUUAGCGUGGAUACAGAAAGAGGGUGGCAAAAUCGGUUGGUUCGGGAGUAAAUCUUCCUCACUAGUUCCGUGAGUGUCACGAAUUUUUGACCAGAAAACAGCUGCGAGUUACAUGUGUGCUGAUCUAGCCCCAGCAGCCACCUCCGUAGCGUCCAUCAUUUAAGGCAGAUUGCGGCUCGUAGAACGUCACAUUCACGAGUGCUGAAGGAAAGGUUCAGUCCGAAUACGCGACUAUCAUCGUCGGAUGUAACCUGACUGUCGUUUAAAGCUGAACCGCCAUUCAUUGUCAGAGUGCUCAAUGGACACCGGUAUAUCCCUGGUGCACUGGUAUUUCCGUGUUUAACAGCUUCUGCAGCACUCCAGUUCAUCCUCGAGUUAGUAGGAACUUGAUUUGUUCUAGAUUCGGAUCCGGGAAUUUCGAGGGUGGGAGGCGAUGCAUCGAUGUUACACCACCGUCCUCGAUCAAUGGAACAGCAAAUGCUUGCAACACCUGUAGUAGGAAGAGGUACAAUAGCUCUGAUUAUCGCUUCUCAAAAACAAGCAGCACAUGCAUAGCGCUCGCCAAAUCCGUACUGAGGCCCCACAAGAUUUAGGAACCAUUCACAUUUCUAGCAGUUGUCGCCGAUUCGCACUUUCUGAAGUGCAUAGAUGGGCAGAACUAGGAGGAAUAUUCCUCUGUUUCAUGCGACCCCCUGAUCUUCUACACUGACGGUAAUGUACAUGGGUAGUGUGCAUUUCUGCGAAUCAACAGUUACAGGCAGCAGCCUCAGAUUCCGUAGUGUGUAGCCUCUCAGGGAAGGUUACAGCAGUGACUCCACUGAAGUUGCGCACUUCCGCCAACAUUUCACCAUUGUGAGUGUUCUGCUUGCUUUUUCCUGUACGGUCUCAAAGAGGGGCAACUGGGAUCGGAUGAUUCGCUCGAGGUGACCUCUGCUGAGGUCAUUCCACUGGCUGAAGGCGGAAAAGAAUAAGGCCGCUCUACACGGGUUACACACUAACACGGCAAUGGCAACUAGCAAGCUAGUGACAACGAGUGACACCUUUAUGUUGUGAACCGAGAGAUCACACCAGCUAAAACCAAAAGGUUUUCCUCCUUUUGGAACGGCACGCACUCCUCGUCCCAGCGUAGCUGUCUUUCCUAGCAAAAGAUACCCAAGCCUAGGAUAACGCUUUCCAAACGAAGGAGACUUUUAAAAGGCAUUCAUACAACGCUUUCGCCUUCUGCGGUCUCAGAUUCGUGCUUGCCGUUUCGGAACUCGCAUUUGGACCCGGCCAACGAAGACAUAAGUGAACAAUCCAACUUGUACCUAAUAUUCUCCCGAAGACGGUGGUUCGUAUACAGAUGAUGUUCUCCUGGUUCUAUUUAUACAGUAACUAUCAUCAUCUGCACUACGCCGAUUACUGACAGUCGUUCUAUGCUGUGUGCUGUUGACACUGGACUACUGCUGUGCAAGAGCUGCGUCCUUUCACGGGCCUUCCGCGUCCAAAUCUCUGUUCCGACAAUAGAAACACCGCACUGGAGCCACACGGUUUGCAUUGCUUUACCCGGAGAAGGAUCUCGAAGAUUCGGCUUUUCUGACAGCGACGUUCCUGCAGUGUGACUUUCGCGUUUCGUGUGACAUCGCGGCGGGGUGUUGUUCCCCCGCGUUAAGAUUCCCAACCUUCCGGCUGCGAAGCGACUUCUUUCCUUGGCGAUUCGUAACUGUUUCACCGGGACUGUCACCAUCUUCCCAAAGCGCAUUUCGUGCCUUGCCGGGGAUUUCUCUUAGUGGAACAUCGACUUUGUGCUCUCGGGACACACAUUUCUGUAUUGUGACCGGGUGGCACUCGGAAUCCGUAACUUUAGCUGUUGAGCCUCGACGCUGAGCGCAGUCAGCUGUCUCACAUCAGCUUUUGAGACAGGCUUUACUCGAAUGGGAUUUGCCGCUUGUUUAGUUGUCACAUUAGUCGCUUUCCACAUACUACUGCUUUCUAACUGUCGCUGGGCUUAGUCGAACGUUCCAGUAAGCGACAGGACCGCAUGAUUCGAAAUUUGCAACUUCCGCUCGUUGAAAAAUCGAACGCGAAACAUGGUCCGACACAGCGCCCUUCUGAGCCGGGCUGCUGCAACGUCUCUUCGUUUUGCGCUUACGUUUCUUUAGGCUGAACUUUUUCUUUCCUGGAAAAGUUCGAUCCUUCACUUUUCCCCCGAGGCAUUCGAGUUUUUCUUUCCGAAGAGCCGAAGGCCGAGCCUGGUGGGCCGACUCCGGUGUUGGAGAAGUCUGGGUGUUCAACUUUUCUUCUUUGCGUGAGACUGUGCCCUGAGACGUUUCUGUUCUUUCCUUCCUGGCUUCCUUGCCAAACAUUUCCGGGGCAAAAAACCGCACUAGCAGCCAUGGAGGGUGGCACACAGCGUCCCUCUGUUUCUUCGGGCGCCGUCCCCCCGGGGUUCCGAGUGUUCGUUUAGCUUGCUAGUCCGCUGGAGCAGCAACUUUCUUUGCCGUUGCUGCACCAGCGGACGUUUUCCUCUCACAAUAGUUCGCAUUUUUGCUUCGAUCUGCACAACAGGCUGUUGUGGCCCGGAAGCAGCAGAUUGCUGUACACGGUGUCACGCUCUACGAAACAUGAGACGUGUCUGUUAUGAGCGUUGAUAAUCCUGGCGCAGUCGCAUGAACUGUGUCUGUGCUUCAGUUCAACUUUUUAAAGGACAGGAGGAAGAGCAGCCAGGAGAGACGGAAGGCGCUGCGACGGCUGUGGUCGACUUCAUCCUCGUCGGUGUUGAGAGUCAGUUUUUCAUGUAUCGGAUACGUGUAUCGCACCCCUCUAGCUUUUUCCUUCGCACAAACGACAUCGGACAGAAUACUGAAGGUGGCUUCGCCGCAGCGUCGCUCGUGAAGCUUUUCUUUCCUUUCGUUGUUGUUCACCGUGCGUCGCUGGGGGUUGCAGCCUCCCUGUCUUCGUACUUCGAAUUGCGACACACACGGUCCACUGUUCCGCUCCACCAAAAAACGGCGGAGGGGGGUGAGAAGGAAUAUCCAGGGUAGGUUUUGGCUGAAGUGCGCUUCGAACGUCGAGCUGUACUGACCAUUACUGCCUGAAAUCCGUUUCACACUUUUUUGCUUCUUUUCGCUUUCUGCUGUUUUUCUGACCUCUGCGGGCUCGCGUUUUCCCAUGUCCUCUUUUUGAGGGAGGCAGGUGCUGUCAGAAGACCCUGGAACUUUUGAUACUUCCCUCUUUUCGUCAACGGUUGCAUGCGUUGGACUCAGCCAUGCAGCUUUCUUGCGGCAUGUCUCACCUUGCUUUUCGGGUGUUCUCGGCAGCGUGGCGCCAGGGUUGGAAGGUAUCAAGACGGGCACCCGUUUCGUCUCGCGAAUCAAUCGCGAGUUCUCUGACGAAGACUGCAUCAGAGAUGCCAUUUUUACGAGGUCAAAAGGGAUUGGCGAAUGCUUUUUUAGGAAGGAAGGCGUUCUUCGAGUUUCGACUCAACACGGAUUCGAUUGGCGUCUCAGCCUCUCGUUUGGAGGAACGUGUUCCGACGUGUCUUUCUCCGUGUUUUUUGUCCGCGUGGAAAGGACCUGAUGCACUCUGGUCGGCGAGGAGUAGAGCGACCUGUGCGUCAAGCGUACCUGAAUCUCCACCCAACAGCCUCGGGCUCUCUGAAGCAGUGGCAUCCAAGUUCACAAGUGCCAGAGCGCUCGAAGAAGGGCGUCUUUCACUGCGAACGAUUUGGCCUGCUAGUCUACCCUCUGGACUCGCACACGAUGUUGGAGGGGCACCCUGGCAGGGGUCACAGAGAAUCUUAUGUACACUGGCGACCACGGGAGAGUCGGCGUUUCAAUCUUACGCCGAGCGGGGGCGCUCGAGCACAGGCGAAUCAAGCGAGGAGCAUGUAAUGAAGACGUUUUCCGAAAGCGUAACUCGUUCCGUUGCUUUAGAGGAAAAACGACCCGUCGUGUGUGAGUCUGUGACGUGCGCAGGGGAUACCCCCGAGAAGCCACAUGCCCAAGGUGCUGAUCUGCGUCUCGGUGACUCACGUGUUUCACCGGCGCAUCUGACGUCUGCCUUGUGGGAAAUCGGUGUUCCAUGGCAACGCGCAGCCGCCUGCCUACUAACUGCUUGUUUGGGGUUUCAACGUGCAGGUAGUCGCGUCGCACGGGCUCAGUCUGUUUUCUUGCCUGCGAACCGUGCCACCUUUUCGACUGGGCUUUUCGCUCCAGGCCGACACCCGCAGCUUCCUUUUUACCAGGCGCGCCGUUCCUUCUCUUCGAAUUCACGGGGGCCUCGGACCACGAGCAUGUCUUUCACCAUCGAUCGACCGUCUUCGUUCUCUUUCUCCUUCGACACACCGAACGGGUCGACGCCCACUGUACGUACACCCGGUGUCGCGCUGGCGGAGACGGCAUCGCUUUCGCGGGAUCAGCUCGUGGCGCUAGUGGCAGAAGAGUCGAGGCCCGGCGUGCUGCAGCGCCGCAUGCGCUUCGGCUGGCUGUUGGCUCCCUUCCCUGAAUCAGCCCAAGAGCAGUCGCGCAUGACCGAGUUCCUGUUGCGCGAGCUCCGGCUGCGGUGUGCGGCUCAGCUCUCAACUCUGCAGGCUGUUGGAGCGUUGCUGCACGAGGCGCGCACCGCUGUUCAGAACAUGCUCCACCCCGGCGAGUCUGUACGCACUCCUUUCCCGCGUUUUCUGUUCCCUUUCGAAACGCGCGCUCCGCAGCAGGGAGACGCAGCUGUCGCACUGCCGCUGGAGGGCAUGCUGAAGUUCGCUCACGAGACGCUGCUCCAGCAGUACGCGAUUCUGCUUCUAGAGUCGAAGGGUGAGGGGAGAGACCUCGAGGCCGAGGUGCCUCAGGAGCCUCGAAGGCAGCGUCGGGCCCUGCGGCUCCGCCAGGACUUUUUGGCCGUCAUCCCCUCCCUCCGGAAUCUGCAUGCACGCGUCCUCGCGCAAGUCGUCGCGGGAGUGCGGCAGCAGUUUCAAGAGACCGCAAAAGUGCUGGCUCAGCUUCCAGCGGCCGACAGAGCCUCCAUCCUUGCGCGGUACGAGAACCAGAUCGAGACGACCAUCCGAGACUUCCUCGUCCGCAACGUGAGCCUCGGUGUCCUGUUGUGCCACUUCGACCACCUCCACCAUCAGCUGCAGGCGCGCGGGCCGGGCUCCCCGCUCUACUCCCACCGCUCCUUCUCGGAUGCAUGCGAUCCAGGUACCUGCUUCAGACCCCACUUACCCUCUGUCUCCCCGCCCGCUGGUCCGAGCUUCCCCGCCCAAGGCCCAGACACCGGCCCAUCUCGGCCGCCAGGUGAUGCGCGCUUCACCCACAGCGCGGCGGAGGCGCUCAGGGGCUCUGGCUUCGGCGGAUGCUUCGAAGAGAAGACAGAGACUGGAGGCGGAUCGCUCCCCGAAAUCGUCGGCGUGAUGGAUCGCUGCUGUCGACCGGAAGCGCAACUGCGUGCCGCCAUCGAUCAGGCCCAGAGUCUGUGCCGAGAGAUCGCAGGAGAUUCAGCAGGCGUGCGCGUGUUCGCCGUCGAAACUGUGGGAAACGGAAAAGCCAGCCAAGAUAUCCGAGAGACGUCGUCCUCGUCUUCUUUCUCGUCAUCUUUUGAGAUUCCCUGUGUUCAAAGAGCCCUUGAACACCACAUCGUUUUCCCAUCUCCGAUUCUGCGAUACGUGCUCGCAGAGCUGUUGAAGAACGCGCUGAAAGCGACACUGGACAAGGGCGAGGAGGCGGGAGGCAUGCGUGGAGAGACGGGAUGUCCCGAGAGCGAGGAGACGGUAGACUGCGUGGUACUGCCAGUGCCGGGAGGGGUCUGGAUUCGCAUUUCUGAUCGAGGUGUGGGGAUGAGCUCGGAGAAGAAACGCGGCAUUUUCAACUGCUUGAACAAAGGCGACAAAGCGAUGAACGACGCAGCCACGCUUUUCAUGGGCGGCGAGGUGGGGACGAGCUGUGGCUGCUCGCCAGACACCGGCGAGAAGGGACAGAAGGCCGCCCCUACUUUGGAAAGAGACACCCUGCAGAAGCGUCUGGAAAGCGUGCGCGUGUCGGGCUGUGGGGUGGGCCUUCUUCUCUGCCGGGCCUACAUGCAGUACUUUGGCGGCGAGCUCCUGCUCAGAUCCAGCCCAGGAAAGGGCACAGACUGCUUUUUGUUUGUGCCUUCACUCGAGAAGCGAAGCGAAAACUUGCCGGCGACUCCGGUGCCCCCGCUCCGGGACGAAAAGGAAGAAAAUGCAGACAGAGGAGCCGGAGAAGAAGACUUCGUGGGAACGACCUCACGCGAUGGGGGAACGCACUCAAUUCCCGAGGAACUCCUCGACAUUGGAGACGCGACAGUCCGCCCAAACCCCCGACUCCAUCAGGUGUAUGUACACUGGGCUAAGGGAGAGGCGGGCGCUGUGACGACUGGAUUCCGUGCACAGUAAAAAGGAAAAGGAGAAAAAAUGGCGGAAGCUCAUUUGGUGAGAGGGAACAGAGGGGCGGACAUCAGCGUGUAGGCGAUAGAGGCGAUCGAGGAUGGUCAAAAGGGAGAACUAGAGAAUUUUGAGACACUGGAACUCAAACAUGGAUGGCAGGAAACGGGAACCCCCCAUUUUUCUAGAGUCUAGAAGAGGGGAGAACAGGGAUGAAGAAUCACUAUUCCACUUGAGGGAAGAAUUCAAUUUGGAGGAACCGAACAGAGGGAGAUUUGCUGACUUGCAGGGGACCAGACGCCGAAGAAAGAUGGAGAGCAAAGACGAUGCAUUCGAGCGUGUGACUUCUGUGACAGGUAAAGCAGCGAGACAUGUCGGUUGAUGCCUCAGACUGACACCGGUUGAGAUUGGAGGAGGAAUCAAGCAGCGAGGGAUAAAGACGAAACACAUGGAUGUGCGGCACUGCUGCAAGGUCGGUCGAAGGGCGAAAGAAAAUCCGUUUUCCUUCCCGCCGGGGCGCCAGGUGUCGCAGAAUGCAUCGGUUCUGGCGUCUGAAAAGUGGAGGAAGCACGCCUUCUUGUCACACGUGUUCAUGUUGCAUGCGUGUUUUUCUUAACGUAGAGAGGAAAUUGUGUAGAUCGAUAUCAGAGCAGUGUGUGCGUGCCUCCGUGUCGGCGCGCGCAUGUUGAGUGUAUGUUCACUGCGUGUUGAGCUGCGGCAGCGGCUUGAUUUUUUCCGUGUAGUGUGGCGUGCGUAGGGACAAGGCAAGCGCUCUUUUUUUGUCGAGCAACUGUGUCAGGCGUUUGAAGAAACCAGUUUGGCCUUCGAAA